AUGACAAUUAGAACAGCCCGUCCCGACCGGGGACAACAUUUCCAGCCACGCAUACACUGCUUGAAAAAGCUGGAAGCCAUAGUGGUGGAGAUGCAGGACCAAAAAAGUGGCGUCAAGGGCUCAGACCAGAAACUCAACGUCACUACCAUCCCACAUGUCAUCACUGGCAAGGACAUCAUUACAUGGAUUACCAACAAGAUGAAGACCACUACAGAAGAGGCUGAGGUCUUUGGCACCAUGUUAGUGGCCUACGGCUACAUCUACCCCCUGCAGAAUCACAAGAAGCUGGUGAUGUGCAACGACACCAGCCUCUACCGCUUCCAGACCCCAUACUUCUGGCCUACACAGAAAUGGGUUGCGGAGGACUCUGAUUAUGCCAUUUACCUGGCAAAGAGGAACAUACGCAAGAAAGGCAUGCUGGAACCCUACGAACAGGCACAUUACAACCACCUCCAUGAAUGGCUCAACCACAAGUGGGACUUCAUCGUGAUGCAGUCCACUGAGCAGUACAAGGCUGGUAAGGAGAGGAAGAAGCCGGAUCGUGUGGUGUUUGACUGCCAGGAGAGGGCUUACUGGAUUGUGAACAGACCACCGCGUCGUACUCACAGUGCUAUGGACUUCGGUCCAGAGCGUCUUAUUGAUCCCAACGCAGAUGAGAAAAUCACCAUUGACAUGUACAGACGCAUGAACGUGUUCUAUCAACAAGCUAUCAUGAGGUCAAAGGUCAAAUCUAGCGUGUCCCUUGGAGCACUGGCCAAGUAUGUCACGACCUACAAGAACCAUGACCCGUUCCUGGCUCCCUGUCUACCCAGCAACCCCUGGCAAACAGACAAUGACACAUACUGGACUCUCAACAUGAGACUGGUUGAAGUUCCCACUAAGAUGCGAGUAGAGCGCUGGUCCUUCAGCUUGUUCGAGCUGCUGAGCGACCUGCGAGGCCGAGACGACUUCAAGGUCUUCCUCAAGAAGGAGUUCAGCGGGGAGAACUUGGCUUUUUGGGAGGCAGCUGAAGAACUGAAGUGGGGCACUGCAUCGUCCAUGACAUCAAAAGCUGAGACAAUUUUCAAGACCUUCCUGGCCCCCGGUGCCCCCCGCUGGAUCAACAUUGAUGGCAGGACAAUGGGUCUGACAGUGAAAGGCCUGGACCAUCCUCACCGCUAUGUGCUGGAAGCAGCUCAGACACACGUUUUCCUACUCAUGAAAAAGGAUACUUUCUUCCGUUACCUCAAGUCUCCAGUGUACAAAGACAUGCAGAAGAAGGCCCUGAACCCUGAGCCUCAUAACUUCAGUCCAGCCCAGCUGGAGAACAACGCCAACAACCGGAGCCUGGGCAUCCAUCCCAUCAUCCUGUGGCAGCAGGAGGAGGAGCAAAAGGCCAAGGCCACCGCUGCCGCCGCUCCGGUUGAUGUCAAGGCCAUGAUGAGCAAAAUAGACCGGAAAAAGUAAAGAUAUAUAAUGUGUGUGUGUGUGUGUGUGUGUACAGAGUUGUACAUGUCAUGUCACACACAAACAAGUACCAACA